CCUCUUUCUCUUCUUGUCCAUAUUCACAAUUGAGGGUUCGAUUGUCGGUUCAACUCGAGCGCAUCCUUAGCAUGUCGGCCCCGUCCGAUCCAUCUGCCUCCGCUUCUUCGCGAGGGACGCGUGUGCAUCACCGCAUCCUCGCUGAACUUGGCCUGAUUUCAGUCUGGCAAUCCCCUCGCGAUGUCAAACUUCUCUGCGCCCAGCGCUUUGUGCGUCUCUUCGCCUACGGUGGUUCGACUCUAAUUCUGGCUGCCUAUCUCUCAGCAUUGGGUAUCUCCGAUGAACGCAUCGGUCUUUUCAUGACCUUGACCCUGGUGGGCGAUGUCGCCAUCAGCUUCCUCCUCACCCUGUUUGCCGACGCCAUGGGUCGCAGGGCUGUCCUGGCCCUGGGUUCAGCCUUAAUGGUCGGGAGUGGCAUCCUCUUUGCUUCGGUCGGCAAUUACUGGGUCCUUCUGGCGGCAGCCGUCUUUGGCGUCAUAAGUCCGAGUGGAAACGAAAUUGGCCCCUUCCGGGCUGUCGAAGAAUCAACUUUGGCCCAUCUGGCCCCCAAUGACAUCUUGAGCGAUAUCUUCGCAUGGUACUCGCUCAUUGGCAAUGCGGGAACCGCUCUGGGCAUGAUGACUGGCGGAUGGGCCAUCAACCUGCUUCAGGUUAUCUGGGGAUGGCCCUAUAUUCCCGCCUGUAGAGUCAUCUUCUUCGCCUAUGCCGCUAUUGGCGCGCUCAAGUUUCUCCUGUCUAUUGGACUGAGCUCCGCUGUGGAGGCUGAGAAGAAGAAGCCUGCGCGACAGUCUACUAAUGAGGGUGAAAGACAGCCUCUGCUGGGCGAUCAAACGGGCAACGCCACCCCCCAAGAGCAGCAGCCUCAGAAGAAGAAAUCGAUUCUUUCUUUCCUCGGCGAUUCCGAGGUCGUCUCCUUGUUUCUGCGACUUGCGAUUCUGUUCGGAUUGGACUCGUUCGCCUCUGGACUGGCGUCUCUAUCUUGGAUGACAUACUUUUUCAAGCGCAAGUUCUCCCUCCCUGAAGGGUCACUCGGAUCCAUCUUCUUCACUACCAGCCUUAUCUCUGCGGCUUCCGUGCUGGUGGCCUCAUCCAUCGCCAAGCGCAUUGGCAAUGUUAAGACCAUGGUCUUCACUCAUCUUCCCUCCGCUAUUUGCCUGGCACUCAUCCCAGUUCCUUCGAUUCUCCCGCUGGCGCUGACCUUUUUGAUCCUCCGCGCCUGCUCUCAAACUAUGGAUGUGGCUCCUCGCUCCGCCUUUCUGGCUGCAGCGCUGCCGCCAGACCGUCGCACAGCUAUCAUGGGCUCUAUCAACGUCGUCAAAACCUGCGCCCAGAGCCUUGGGCCUCUGUUGACCGGUAUCUUGGCCGAUCGAGGAGUCUUCGGGCUUUCGUUCACCAUCGCGGGUAUCCUGAAGGCCGUCUAUGACAUCGGCAUGCUGCUCAGUUUUGCCGGAAAGGAAAAGCAGCAGCGGCGACCGGCACCAAGGAAUGAAGAUGAAGAGGCCGCCUAGACUCUAGACCGACUUGAACGAGCCAGCCAUGGAGAUGGACGCUAAAGACGCUGGGUAGAAGGAAUCACGUACGCCCCGUUUGAAACAGCGGGGAACGCUACGCAUACAAAAGGAACAAGCAGGUUGGAAACAAGAACAUGGACAAGGAGCGGAGAUGAUGGUGACUCGCAGGCAGCUGUCUAAGCAGACGGCCAGUCAGCUGCGACACUCGUUUACACUUUUACGUUAGUACCUUGUGUAUGACUACGCUUUGCUUUGCUUUUAUUGUAUAUCUGGUUGUGACUGGCUACGGCAGCGACUUCCUACUUCAUGGCUUGCGUUGUUUCAUGGGCUUACGCGAGUUUGAAGGAUCUGACGGCGUUUCUGGGCCAUAUUCUUGCUUCAAACAGCGAAGCACCUGCAAGCAUCUUACUUAGCGGGCUCGAUCAGGUAUAAGGAUGUGAAUUGAAUUGGAUUGGAUUGAACCAAAAGAGUAAAACACAGAAUAUUAAAAACAUAUACAGCAUCACGAAUAAACAGAUUUGAUGCUUCUUUAAAGC